CGUCCGAACCUCACGGUCAUGUAGUUUAUACGCUUAAAAAGCAUUGUUAUUUAUUUAUUGUACAGUAAUUUUAACGUGUUUUAAACAUAAUAUUUUAUUAAUAUUUAUACUAUUUAUUGUUGAUGUUCGGUGUCGGUUCGCGCUGCACCGAUUCUGUUAUUUAAUUGUUAACGUUCGUUAUUCGCGUAGUAAGUUUUUCAAGAAAUAACCAGAUUUGACAUGCCGGCACUACACCAACAGCCCACCGCGGAGUCACUGUGGUCCACGGACUCGGCUGAUGCUAGUCCCCAGCCCUACAGCGACACCUCCCCUUCUCCUACAGACUCAGGGUCGCUGUUCACAAUCGCAGAGAUGCUGGAGCAGUAUAAGCCGAGUUGGCCCAAACCUCCCCAGCCUCCGAUGGGUGUUUGGAGACCUCACUCUACUUCCAGUCCAGUUCCUAGCCUCGAUAACCAGAGUGUGAGGCCUCCCAGUUUUUCUCCCUUUAGCUCAAGUUUACCGUUGGAUUCACUAGUUUCCUGGUACAAUAACAACAACGGAUUCGACAUCCAAGUAACACAACCCUUCAGCCCCAUCUCGCCAGUUGGUGGUCCUGCACCCAACGCGUUGCGAGGAUACUCACCCAACAACCAACACAGUGAUUGCAGCAGCCCAUUGAUGGAUUCAUUCGGCAGUUUCAAUAGAACUUCUCAUUCCACAUCACCUUCCAACUCAGACUCCAGCAUGGUGCAGUCUCUGAACUUGUCUGGGGGUGUCUUCUCUCCGCCUACGGAGCAGGAGCUGGCCAACCUGAGAGCUCUACACUCGCUAACCUGGCCUUCAAAUGAGAGUUCGGUACUGUCUGAACGUGCCCAACCCCAACCUGCGGCUUCUGCUAAUCAAACCAAGAACCAAGCAUCAGCUCCUGUAUCAACAGACGCGAUGACUUGGUGUGGCGUGUUGCCUGUUCGGAUUGAAGAUGAACCAAUGUAUUCUAGCAAGGUGUUCCUGGGUGGAGUUCCUUGGGAUGUGGCUGAGGAUACGCUAGUCAGCGUGCUUAGUCAGUUCGGCAAAGUGAAGGUGGAAUGGCCGGGCAAAGAGCACCUGGCAAGCCAUCCAAAGGGUUAUGUUUACGUGAUUUUCGAAUCUGAAAAACAGGUCAAAGCCAUGUUGAAUAGUUGUCCCAGGAAAGUAUCAACGAAGAAUGGGAGAAAAUGGUAUUUCCGCAUUUCAUCUAGAAAGAUGAAGUCAAAAGAGGUGCAAGUGAUUCCAUGGUCUCUCAUGAACAGCAACCAUGUCCUUGUCCCGGCUCAGAAACUGGACCCAAACACAACAGUUUUUGUCGGAGCUUUGCACGGAAUGCUCACAGCAGAGGGGCUGUUUGCAGUCAUGAAUGAUCUAUUUGGUGGUGUGGUAUAUGCUGGAAUCGAUACCGACAAAUACAAGUACCCCAUCGGCUCAGCGCGAGUGACCUUCGAUAAUCUGAGCUCUUACAUUCUAGCAGUGCAGACAGCCUUCGUCGAAAUAAAGACUACCAAGUUUUGCAAGAAGGUACAAAUAGACCCGUACCUCGAAGAUUCAGCAUGCUCCACCUGCAAGUUCCAGCAAGGGCCGUACUUCUGCCGGGAGUUUACAUGUUUCCGAUACUUCUGCCGCAGCUGCUGGUUGGUCCAUGAGCUACUGACCAAUCACAUGUACAUCACACGCAGCUCUAAAAACUCGACCGGGCAGCCCACGCAGAUGCGAUUCUCUCAACAGUGAGGAGCGGAAGACUGAUUCCUUGACAAUAAAUUAACACUGCGAAAACAAAAGACUGAAAUGAGAAUGUAAUUGAAACGAUUACACGACUAACUUGUAACUUGAGUCGGAACUUUUAUAUGUAAACUUGUGCCUCAGCUUGGAUGUUCCGACUUUUAACAUAGAUAGAUUUGUAUUUUGUUUUUUAUUAAUAUUUAUGAUAUGCGCUUUACUAACACAGGAGGACUUUAGUAUGCUUUUAUGAUUGUCAAAGUGCAGAAGUUUUGUAUAAUUGCAAAGUAAGAUUUCAUACUUUUACGGCAACAAUGAUUUGUCCUCGAUCUUAAAUUUUUUAUUUAUUUUAUAUGAAGAUAUCGAUUGUUUUUACUUAUAGCGCUACUUAUAUUCUCUAUUGGUGAUGGUAUAUGUAGGAACAAAUUGAAAUUAUAUAAACAAAAUAAGUCAUAUAGACUAUGACAACAAUGUUCCUAGGAGAGUACAACUACUAUCAGAUGAAAAUUCUGUUUUCAAUGUGUUUUUAGUUGUUUAAGUUACUUUAGUGUGUCCAUCAGAUGUGUGUUAUAAGUUAUGAUGAAAUGUAGUAAUAAUUUAUGUAUUGAAAACAGUAUUUUACCAAUACUAAAAUAUGUAUGAUUAUUGACUUUAUCUUGAAGCUUUGUUAUUUUGUAGUAUUGUGUUUUUGUAGGCGAACUAAUCAGUACACAACGCCUAGAGUUUAUAUGAAUCUAACUUCUUCUUUGCUGUUAUUUAUUUUAUAUGUAAGAGUUUGAUACUUAGUUUUAUUAUCAAACCUUGUUUGUUGAUCGGUGAUGGAUUUUCGGGUUAAUGCCUAUUUCAAGUCAUUAUUGUCAUUCUUCAAGUCAUUAUUGUUAGAACUUUGUAGUCCAUUGAAAUGGCAAAUUUGUUAAGGUAUUUAAUAUUCCUUGUUACUUCUUGUUUUGUUACCAAACUAAAAUGAUUUCUCGUAUAUGUUACACAUGUUACGAAAGUAUAUUAAAUAUUGUUCAAUAGUUCAA